AUGGCUCGCUCCGCCUCACGUGUGCUUGCUUGCGUGCUCUUGGCCCUUGCCUGCUCGGCAAUGCUUUGCUUUGUGGGCACCACUCCAAGUCCUGCUGCAGGAAGCACUCCGCUGAAGCAGUCUUUGCGGGCACCGUCCGUGCAGAUGGAGGCGCGGGGCGGCGGUGAGGGUGCCCUUGGCGACAUGAGUCCCGACACCUACAUCAUUGGCAUCACCGUGCUUGGGAUCGCAUCCUUGUUUGCCAACAUCAGCGGAUUGUGCGAAUUGGGCAGAAAUAGCGUCUUUGAGGGAACAGAUGGGGACAGGCCACUCCUGUGCAGCUCUCUGUGUGGCAAAACUUGCAACAUGGCUCGCUCCGCCUCACGUGUGCUUGCUUGCGUGCUCUUGGCCCUUGCCUGCUCGGCAAUGCUUUGCUUUGUGGGCACCACUCCAAGUCCUGCUACAGGAAGCACUCCACUGAAGCAGUCUUUGCGGGCACCGUCCGUGCAGAUGGAGGCGCGGGGCGGCGGUGAGGGUGCCCUUGGCGACAUGAGUCCCGACACCUACAUCAUUGGCAUCACCGUGCUUGGGAUCGCAUCCUUGUUUGCCAACAUCAGCGGCUUCUUCAACCCAUGA